GCAAGCUGCCUUCUUCAUCCUUUGCUAGUCUGCUACACGGCCUUUUGUAUCUCUUUAAAUAUUUAGUUAAUAGCUCUAAGGAAUUCUGCUAGAAAAUCUAGCUUUAGUAUACUCAAUUUCAAGUAUGGCAUCAUCAUCAUCUUCUUCUUCAUCAUAUGCUCGCACAUAUGAUGUUUUCUUGAGUUUUAGAGGUGAGACACGAGGGUCCUUUUCUGAUCAUCUCUAUGCAGAUUUGAGGCGAGCUGGGAUUAACACUUUUCGAGAUGAUGAAUCGAUUCGGAGAGGCGAGGAUAUUUCUGUUGAGCUGUCUAAGGCCAUAGAGGAGUCGAGGAUAUCCAUCAUCGUAUUCUCCAAAGACUAUGCCGGAUCUAGAUGGUGCCUAGAUGAGCUUGUGAAGAUCAUGGAAUGUAAACAGAAGUUGAACCAGAUUGUUUUUCCUAUAUUUUACGAUGUUGAUCCUUCAGUGGUUCGGAAACAGACUGACAUGUUUGGUGAUGCAUUGACCCGACAUAGAGAACGAUUUGAAGAUCAAAAAGUUAAUGAGUGGAAAGUUGCACUCACUGCAGCUGCUAAUUUGUCUGGAUGGGAUUUACAAACCAUGAAAAUUCGGUAUGAGUCAAAGUUCAUUGAGGCAAUCACUAAAGAUGUGCUAGGGGUGUUAAAUUUUAUGCCCAUGAAUGUUGCAAAGCACCCUGUUGGAAUUAAUUCUCGUGUUCAAGAUAUACUUCAUUUAUUGCAAAUUCAAACAAAUGAUAGUGUUCGAAUGAUUGGAAUUUAUGGCAUGGGUGGUGUGGGAAAAUCAACGAUUGCUAAAGCCAUAUAUAAUCACUUGAUCAUGAGUUGUCACGGGGUUGAAGGUAGUUGCUUUGUUGCAAAUAUUAGACAAGAAGUUUCUAAUAAGCAACACAAUGGACUAGUUGGUUUACAAGAAAUGCUUCUUCGCAAAACACUCAAGAGAAAGAAUUUUGGAAUUGAUAACGUUGAUGAAGGAAUAAUCUUGAUCAAAACAAGAUUGCAAUCAAAAAAGGUUCUUAUUGUUCUUGAUGACAUAGACCACAUAACUCAACUAGAAUCUUUAGCAGGACAACGGAAUUGGUUUGGUUCAGGUAGUACAAUUAUACUAACAACUAGAGAUGUUCAUAUGUUGAGUGACCUUGGAACACAAGAGAAGUAUAUGGUUAACACAUUAAGCGUUGAUGAUUCGUUGCAACUCUUAAGUUUGCAUGCUUUUGGAGUUCAUGUACCAUUAGAGGAGUAUAAUGAACUACCCAAAAGGAUAGCAAGUUAUACCGGCGGACUUCCAUUAGCACUUACAAUUAUAGGUUCUCAUUUGCGUGGAAGAUCCGUGCAAGAGUGGUUCGAAGAUGCUGAGAAAUUAAGAAGCAAUCCUCAUGAAGAUGUUCAAAAAAUGCUUAAAAUAAGUUAUGAUGCACUUGAUGAUGAUACUAAGAACAUCUUCCUUGAUAUUGCUUGUUUUUUUAUUGGGCAUAACAAAAAUGAUACUUCUAUGAUAUUGGAAGCUUGUUGUUUUUAUGCUAAAAGUGGAAUAAGAAUUUUGAUUGAAAGAUGCUUGUUGACAACAAAUGGAGGUGGGAAGUUUGAGACGCUUGAGAUGCAUGAUUUAGUACGAGAUAUGGGAAGAGAAAUUGUUCAAAAGGAAUCUCCAGGAGAGCCGGACAAACAAAGUAGAUUGAUUGACCCAAAGGAUGUCUUUGAUGUGCUUCACGGGAACAAGGGCACAAAAGCAAUUGAAGGGAUGAUUGUAAAUUCUAACAUGUUAAAGAAUGUGCCUUUGAAUACUCAAGUAUUCAAAAGGAUGGUUAAGUUACGAAUACUCAUAUUGAAUGGUAUGUGUCUCAGCGGAUCUUUUAAAUAUUUAUCCAAUGAGAUUAGGUUUCUUAGAUUACACAAUUGUCAUUUGAGUUGCAUACCAUCUAAUUUUCGCUGUGAAAAACUUGUUGAGUUAGACAUGGAAGGUAGUAAUAUCAAAGAAUUCCAAUGCAAUAUGCAGCAUUUUAGAUGCUUGAGGAUCUUGAAGUUUGAUUAUUGUCAUCAACUUAAGAAAACACCAAACUUCACUGGGGCACAUACUCUUCAAAAAGUAUCCUUUGUGUAUUGUUUAAAUUUGAUCAAGGUACACCCAUCAAUUGGAAGUUUGGAGAGACUUGUUGAGUUAGAUUUCUAUCGUUGCAAGAAACUCAAGGUUCUUCCAAGUAGCAUUUGCAAGUUAAAAUCACUUAAACGUUUAUGUUUAAAUAAAUGCGAAAAACUGGGGGAGCUUCCAAUUGACUUGGGAAAAUUAGAGCAACUAAGAGAUUUACUUGCUUAUGGAACUGCCAUCUCAGAUAUACCAUUUUCUUUGGGAUGUUUGAGAAAUAUAAAGAAACUGGAUUUGGGGGACUACAAGAGUUCUGUACUGUCAAGAAGAAGUCGUGAUGGUGUUGGUUUUUUUCCACCUUCAGUUGCAAAGUUGUGUUCCUUGGAAUUUAUUGAUGAGAAUUUGACCUCAUUGGAAGAGUUAGAUUUAUCAGGUAGAAGUUAUCUUCAAAGUUUACCCUUCUGCCUUUGUCACCUUUCAAACUUGAAAUAUCUCUACUUGAACAAUAUGCAAAAUCUUAGAGUACUUACAGAACUUCCUCCAAGCUUGGUGGGACUCUAUGCAGACAAUUGUGUCUCAUUGGAAAAGAUAACAGCUGUAUCAAACUUGAAGAGACUUAGAUGGUUGUUACUUGAAAACUGUAAAAGUUUGGUUGAGCUUCCAAACGUUGAGAGUCUUUCAUCCUUAGAAUAUCUUGACAUAAGGAAUUGCAAUGCUUUGACUAUUCCUGACAACUAUUUGCAUGAAGAAGAUCUUCCAAUUGGCCUUAGGAGUUUGUCCUCAUCGAAAGAAAGAGAUUUAAUGGGAAGAUAUUAUCUUCAAAGUUUACCAUUAAGCCUUUGCCAUCAAUAUUCCAAUUUGGAGUGUCUCUGCUUGGACAAUCUGCAGAAUCUUAGAUCACUUCCACAACUUCCUCCUAGUUUGGAACUACUCUCUGCAAAGAAUUGUGUCUCAUUAGAAAAGAUAGCAGAUCUAUCCAACUUGAAAAGACUUUAUGAGCUAGAUAUUCAUAACUGCAAAAGGUUGGUUGAGCUUUCAGGCUUGGAGAGUAUUUCAUCCUUAAAAUAUCUUGGGAUAGGAAAUUGCAGUGGUUUGAGGAUUCCUUCAAUUGAAAAGUGGUUAAAGGCAUGUUCUAAAGGUGAUAGUAUCGAGAUUUCAGUUCAACUAUUGAGCGUUGGAUCGGUAUCCUGCCAUUUUCCUUUAACGAAUGCAAGCCUUAAUAUCAUGCACAGUGCGAUUGAUGCCAGUGAUAUAAUUGGUUUGAGUGUGAGAAGUAAAAGCAGUGGCGCUUGGAUUCUUCUAAAGGAGAGAGGAAAUUGCAACUAUGAGAUUCAAACAAAGAUGGGAGAAAUAUUUGAGGUGUAUGCAGAAUUUCAGUCUUUGCAGAAGAUAUUUUGUGUAGCUGAAAUACAUAGAAACAGUGAAGAGGAAGUUCGUUUCUUUCCAUCCACAAGGGGAUGGAUUCCUUCUGUCAUGUCAGACCCUGGAAGAUGGACAGAGGAAGAGGAAAAGGGAGGUGCAGAUAGGUUGGGCAUGGAAGCAAUUGAAUGGGUGCUUGUAAAUUCAGACAUCAUAAAGAAUGUGGUUUUGAAUACCAAAGUAUUCACAAGGAUGGUAAAUGUAAGAAUACUCAUAUUUGAUGAUUUUCGCUUUGAGAAACUUGCUGAGUUAGACUUGAAAGGUAGCAAUAUCGAAGAAUUUCAACCCAACAUGCAGAGACUUAAUAGAACAGUGCUUAGCUAA